AUGUCCGGCAAGCCAGCAGACGCCCCACCGGCCUACUACGCAGGCCAGGGCCCCGAGGCCCCCAAGCCCACCUACGACGGCCAGCAGCAGUACCCGCCGCAGCAGGGCUACUACCCCCCUCAGGACGGCGGCUACUACCAGCAACAGAACAUGGGAUACGGCCCGCCACCACAGGGACCCUACGGCCCGCAAGGACCCUACGGCCCUCAGGGCCCAUACGACCAGCAGCAGUACCCGCCCCCGGGCGCCUACUACCAGCAAGGCCCGCCGUACGGCCAGUACCAGGACCAGCGCGGCCAGAGGGGGCCCGGCAUGCUCGAGGGCAUCAUGGCGGCGCUGUGCUGCUGCUGCUGUCUCGACAUCCUCAUCUAA